GUCGUGCAGUGUUACACCGGGUGUGUUCUGUAUCGAGACUCUACUUGACCCCGCUUCCCAGUUACGGCUGAACGUCAAUUCAGUACGUCCACCAAGCUCCAACCAUCUCCAUUGCCGCCACACUGUUUUCAUUCUACCUCUUGCGAUAUGUCGAAACCCAAAGGAAAAUCGACGGCCCGCCGCUUCGUCGACUGGGCCCUCAGAAGGAGUAGCAGCAGCGUUCCCAAUUCCGGCCUGUCAGGCUCAUCAACAGGCCCUGACCGAGCCGGCUCUGCGAUUUUCGUCGCCGGAAUGAUCUCCGCGAGCCUCACAACGCCGAGUUCUGCCUCACUACCAGCGCGACUAUCUACGAGUUUUAUACCUGCGCCGCCGGAGAAGCCCGCCGCUGGAGUCGAUCUCGAUGAGGGGGCAAGGGAGGAAUCCGAUGCUCAACUAUUGCCCGGCGCUGUCGUGAGCGCGACCGAAGACACCACGGCAGACUUGGAUGCAACUGUCCAGGUCGGGCCCACUUCGGAAGGGAGCUGCCGCACCGCUGCUAAAGGGAACAUCGGCACGGAACCGGAUAGCGUGCCCCAGCCAACUGUCGACAGCAGUAUCGGCAUACCCGAGUCCUUAUGGAAGAGGGCGCUCAAUGAGUUAUCCUCAGCGGAGCGUGCAAUCCUCAAAGAAUCCGGUAUCGAAGCCGAGAUACAGACCUCCACGGGCAUAUUAACCUCCGAAAGUGUCGGCGCGGAAAUGACACGAAUCCUGAGCGCGGAUGAGAGACAAUCUUGGAAAAUAGAAGUCAGGGGUCACGAGCUACAGCUUAGAGACAUCGUAGGGAAGAUUUUGCGCUGGGUGGACAAGUUCAAGGCGAUCGGAGAUAUCGUGGUUCAGUACGAUCCCGUGCAUGCCGCUUUGCCGUGGGCGGCAUUCCGAUUCCUUCUACAGGCCUGUCUGAGUAAAAAGGAGACCUUGGAUACAAUCCUCGUUGGGAUCGAAAGGACUAGCUAUGUUAUCGACCGGUGUAAAUUGUACGAGAAUCUGUAUCUCAAAGGGGAGUUUACAGAUGCAUCAAAGAACCUCGAACGUACCAUGCUGAAGCUCUAUACUGCCGUCUUGAAGUAUCUAGUGAAGGGUAUGAAGAGUGCGGGAGAGAAUGUUGUGCGUGGAGUAUUCACAACGGAGGAGCUUUCAAACUAUCUUGGCGAUAUCGAUGUCUUAGAGGAAACAGUCGGAAAAGAUGCUCAGGCUGCUGAAGCACAGAACCGGUUUCGGGGUUACCAAGAAAUGGAUUCCAAGUUUAACGAGCUUCGAGAUUUGUUGCGCGAACUGGACAGCACAACAUCGAGGGUGGUACCUAGGCUUGAUGCCAUACAUCACAUGCUGCAAGUAUCCAAUAAAUCCAACGUUCUGAACUGGAUCUCGACAAUCCCGUAUAUCAGCCAUCACAGGCAUAUCAGCGAGAAUCGUUUGGGCGGAACCGGCGAGUGGUUAUUCGCUAGGAACGAGUAUUACGAUUGGAAAUCAUUGAGCGCUUCGAAGUUGUUGUUGCUACGGGGAAUCCCUGGAGCUGGCAAAACGUACAUUGCCUCCAGAGUCAUCGAUUCUUUCCUUUCAAGUGCGACGCCGGAGAAGUUGGCAUACUUCUACUGUAACCGAGCCGAGGAAAUUCGACGAGAGCCCGAGAGCAUAUUGAACACGCUUAUCCUACAGCUCGCUCAGACUUCCGAAGAGGACAAGCUCUUAAAGCCAGUUGUUGAUAUCUACCAGGAUCGAGAGAAAAAAGGGCAAAUUUCUUCGCGGCUAAGCCUGAUCGAAAGCCAAGAGCUCCUCAUUCAACUCACGGAUAUAUAUCCCCAGACGACAAUCUGCAUCGACGCGUUAGACGAGGUCGACCACAAAAUGAGGUUGAAAUUACUGACUGCGCUAAAGAAUGUCGUGGAAAGAUCGAAGAACGUAGUCAAGAUUUUUGCGACUACCCGAAUGGACACCGACAUCCUCCUACAAUUCGAAACGUUCCCCAGGAUUGAGCUGCAGCCCGACGACAAUGUCAGUGACAUAAACCAAUUCGUGAAAGCGAACAUCCGGAGCGCUGUCGAAAAGAAGCAACUGCUUCAUGGCAGUGUACCCGAUGAGUUGAAGAACGAAAUAUGUGACAUCCUUUGCAAGCGAUCUAAAGGAAUGUUCCAACUAGCUGCCCUUCAGAUUACCUUUCUUUGCGAGGUGGCUACUCAACAGGAUGUACGACGCAGUCUGAGGGCCCUUCCCGACACCCUAGCAGACGCCUACAGCGAGAUAUACGAGCGUAUUCUUACCCAAAAGGGCAGCUAUCCUCGACUGGCACUGAAUGCAUUCCGGUGGAUCCAGUGUUCAUACGAACCAUUACCAACACGAAUCCUGCUUGACGCAAUUACCGUUGAAAUUAGUAGCUCGGGGGAAUCUUCCUACGAUGUCACCGUACAAGUGUACGACUUGCUGAAAGCUUGCCAAAAUCUAGUCGUUUUGGACAAACGACUUGACGUGUUCCGAUUUGCUCACCUUUCCGUCGAUGAAUACUUGGAGACCAAACUGGAAAGGGUCAAAUCUCAUACCGAAAUCGCAAAAGACUGCCUCUCGCUGCUAUGCAAUUCGAGUGCUUGGGAUUAUUAUGACACAAUUGGGAUUCAUAGCGAUGGCCAUCUGCUGAAUUACUCGGCGGUGUUUUGGCCAUGGCACCUUUCUCGCGGCGAAGACACAGAAGGCUCUCUAAUCAUGACUUCCCUUUGGAGUAAAUUCGUAUCAGAAACCACCUACCAGCGAUGGCUCGACUAUCAUCGCAAGGCUCGUUUAAUACACAUAAACCGCAGCAACGACACUUUUAUGCGACGAUCUGCGGCUCUAAACGAACGAAUCAGCGAUAUUUGCUCUUUGGUUUGUUUAUUUGAGUUACGACAGAAGUUGGUCACGGUAUUUAACUCACACCCCGUACCGACGGCGCAACUAGACAGGCUACUUCUCAAUUCAUCCAGUUUUGGAGACCUGGAUAUUGCUCGGCUGCUGGUCGAUCGGGGAGCUGACGUCUCUGCCGCCGAUGAUUAUGGGUCGACGCCGCUGCACGAAGCCUCGUAUGGAGGGCACGAGGCAGUGGCUAGGCUGCUGGUCGAUCGGGGAGCUGACGUCUCUGCCGCCGAUAAUGAUGGGUCGACGCCGCUGCACGAAGCCUCGUAUGGAGGGCACGAGGCAGUGGCUAGGCUGCUGGUCGAUCGGGGAGCUGACGUCUCUGCCGCCGAUAAAUAUGGGUCGACGCCGCUACACAUAGCAUUGCGCCAGGGGCACGAGGCAGUGGCUAGGCU